AUGUCUCCAUUUCGAGUGGUGUUUGGUAAAGCAUGCCACCUUUCGGUGGAAAUUGAGCAUAGAUCAUAUUGGGUUGUAAAGAGUUGUAACUUGACACUUGAGCAGGCUGGAAUUGAAAGGAAGCUCCAACUUCAGGAGCUUGAUGAGAUACGCUUGCAAGCCUAUGAGAAUUCUAGAUUGUAUAAAGAGAAAGUUAGGAGAUUUCAUGACACACAUAUUCUAAGGAAAGAGUUCUCUAUAGGCCAGAAAGUGUUAUUGUUCAACUCUCGGUUGAAAUUGAUUGCAGUUGAGAUUCAGGAUGAAGCUACUGGUAGGACUUUUAAAGUCAAUGGUCAUUAG